AGAGGAGGGAGGGAACGUUCCCAUAGCGCGCAGCAUGAACGCUCCGCGGCAAAAGGAUGUGUGAGCAAGCAGCGCGCUACUGCAGGGACGGUGUCCAAAAACUGCUCCACAAAGAACAAGCCAAACUCCGGUCACAGGACAGCCAAGAACAGCCCAAAUCCGGGGCCCAGGAAAGCGAGAUAGCGACGGCUGCACAGUCCGGAAACAGCGGUACCCAGCCCGGUGGAAUCGACGGGCUUGUCCGCUGGAUAGUCACCAAGAUGAGCGACAACAAGAGCAUCUCUACCCGGGAAUACGCCAAAGAAGAGGCGGCAGUGGCCCAGGAGCAGUUCUUCGCCCCAGAGCCACGGAAGGGCAUCUCUGUCAUUUUAGAUAUUUUCCGGCGAGCGGAUAAGGAUGACGAUGGUAAACUGUCCCUGGACGAGUUCCUGGGCUUCUUCUCUGACGGCUCCCUGAACGAGGAAGAACUGGAGAAGCUGUUUCACACCAUUGACUCCGAUAACACCAGUAAUGUUGACACCAAGGAACUCUGUGACUACUUUGCCAAACACAUGGGUGACUAUGAGGGUGUGCUGGCCUCCUUGGAGACUCUCAACCUGUCCAUCCUCAAAGCCAUGGACUUCACUAAGAAGGUGUACGAACGAGGGACCAAUGUCCAGCAAUUUGUGGCCCGCUUCUUGUUGAAGGAGUCGGCCAAUCAGAUCCAGUCUCUCCUCAACUCGGUGGAGAGCGCCGUCGAUGCCAUAGACGAUCAGCACAGUCAGGGGUCAUACCCAUCAAGCAAGGCCAGUCCCCGGGCCCCGGAGAAGCACUACGAGAACCCAGUGCCCGACUACCCGCCCAACAACAGAGUCAGCGCCAAGGAGGCCACAAGGAACAUCAACACAGGACAAGUGGUGGUGGAGACCAGGAAAGAGGGGCUGGAGGCGCAGGUCAACCGUCUGGCUGAGCUGAUUGGUCGCCUGGAAAACAAGACAGUCUGGUUUGACCUGCAUCAGCGACUAACUGACACUGAUGGCACAGCGAGCGCAUGUCUCUUCCUGAUUCGUCAGGAGAUGACCGUGUCCCAGAAGCAGCUUGGAGAUUUCUGUGAGGCCCUGAAGCAGUACCUGAAGAAUGUCUCCACCCAGAGAGACUGCUUCCAUGUGACUGCAGUGCGGCUGCCGAGUGGACUGUCCUUCGUGGUCUACGAGUUCUGGGACGGCGAGGAGGAGUGGAAGAGGCACCUCCAGACUGCAUAUGCCAAGGCCUUCCAGCAUGUGAAAGUGGACACCCUGUGCCAGCCAGAGACAGUGUCCAAUGUAGCCGUGCCAGCUGCCUGGUGCAACUCAAGCAGAGAAUGAUGUGACGAGGCUUCUCUGCCGGUGGAAUGCGUCCACCGUAUGCCUGAAUGCCCAAACACUCUUUUCUCCUCCUCCCCCUCUCUCUCUCCUUAUCCCUCACGCCCGCUCCCUUUCUGCUUAAGCCUUCUCUUUCCCUCUCCUCUCCCCCUCUUUUGUAAUUACUUGUUUACACAGUGUCUGUUUGAUAUUGAGGCAGAACGCAAGGUGUUAAUUACAGAGAACGUUGAGCAGAUACAAGUUCAUUUCCCCGUGACGGCUCUCACAUGUGAAGUUCUGGUUCCGCUGCAGUCUCUAGUCAGAGCUGCAGUGGGCUGAUUAUACUGCACAUGGAUUCUUGGAGGCUGUGAAAUCCGUCUUGUCGCAAAAACAAACACCACCCGACUGUGGGAGACGACAGUAUAAUAUUAGCUUUGUUUUACGCACUGGGGGUGGGAUCUGUCUUUAAUUCUUGACAGUGCAGUCCUUUAACACGCUCACUCACAGACAUUUGUGGCUUGUGUUGAACCGUUUGCCAACAAAGCAGGUCAACGUUAAGGUGUUCCUUCACUGCUGUAGAGGCUUGAUGAGACUACUUUUAUGCCAGUACUAAACCUCGCAGCAUAUACAGUAUAUCUCGCUAACGAUCUUCAGUGUUCCCUGCAAUUGAACCAUGCGUAAGAGCGAUACCCCUUGCUUCUGUCAGACAAACAUUAUUAUGGGAAUUAAAACUGUUUUGACACACCAUUCACACAAUACAUGGAAGAGAUCCACCACAAACCAGUGUAGGCAUGUGGUCUACACAAUCAGAACCAUUAUAAGAGCACAGUGUAUGUGAAUACGUAUUCACUAGAGAAAACAAGGCAUAUGAAAUCAUCAGUGUAAACAGGAAAUAGAGAAUUUAAAAAGAUUAUUUAAGAUGGAGAUAUCUAUUUAUCAGAGUUAAUCUUGUAAAGUGAUUUAGUGGUUUGCUCAACGAUCUUGUUUUUCUUAGAUGGAUGAAGCAGUAAUGACAUCAUCGUAUUCUCCUUCAGAAAGACUGACAUAAUGUUUU